AAUGAGGGCUCAAAGGCGUUGUGAACGAACCCACAUUCAUGGCUACGCGAUCACGGAUACCCCCUGCCGCCACCUGCUGCAUCCCGUCCAACAUCGGCCUCCCGUACGCUGCCCAGCUCACCCACCCACCUCAAACUCAUGCAUCCCUCAUUAUUUGGACCGGGUAACAUGCAUCAUAGCUCUGUUUACCCCCUUGAUGCCAUGGUCGUCGUCUACCGGCUCCCUAUCCCGACACCCACCUUUCCCCGCUCAUAUCACCCCCAUAAUAACGCAACGAUCACUGCGCCAUCGAUAUCAUUGCUUCCCUCUACAUGAGGCUUCAUGGAUGCUAUCGAUGCUUACAUCCCGCCACGCCCGCCUGCACCGCAUUUUAUCCACAUUUUGUAUGCUGCAGGCAUCGGGAGGACGACGAGAGGACGUCUCUUCAUCGUUUGCAACGAUGACGGCAAGGUGAAAGGACACGAGGGCAAUAUACGAAUACGUAAUUUGAGUAUGCAGAGUAUGUGUCUUGGGUAUGCAGAGUGGGUUUCUUGGGUAUGCAGAGC